AUGUCACGCAACAACAGUGGAGUCGUCGUCCGCAACCAUCCAAUACCGAACAACGCCACACAUCGACCCAAAGCUGGAAGCGGAGCCGGAGCUGAAGCCAAAGACGGAGAUGGAGACGGCGGAGAUGCAGCUGAAGCCAAAGACGGAGACGGAGACGGCGGAGAUGCUGCAGCAGCAGCAGCACUAUCCAGCUCCCCCGUUUUAUACCUGUAUCUAUCGAGCACGAAACGAGACCGACAGUAUGAAUAUGCCUGUGCUGAUAACUUUGCCGAAUGGCCCACAGCCUGUGUCUCAGGCAAAGAGGUGAGAGAGAGGGAGCGCGAGAGAGGCAGAGAUUCCUCCCGCCCGUUCCGGUUUUCUGGUGCUCGUGGCGCGAAGUAA